UGAGUGACGGGGCAGCGGCGCGGGCACCGGGAGGAAAAGGCGGGGCGGGGCGGGGCGGGCGCUGGGUUUCCCGCGGUCCGAGCUGGCACGGGCGGAGGAGAAAUUGUUCUUAAAGGGACAGCCUACGUGCGUCCCUUUGUUCCGCGGCCGCAGGGCGGGGCAGGCCCAACUUUCGUUGUCUCCUUGCCUAGUCUCCAGAACCGCCAUGAUCUCCCAGUUCUUCAUUCUGUCCUCCAAAGGGGACCCGCUCAUCUACAAGGAUUUCCGCGGGGACAGUGGCGGUCGGGAUGUGGCCGAGCUCUUCUACCGGAAGCUGACGGGACUACCCGGAGAUGAGUCCCCGGUUGUCAUGCACCACGAUGACCGUCAUUUCAUUCACAUCAGACACAGCGGCCUCUAUUUGGUGGCCACGACUUCAGAAAACAUUUCUCCCUUCAGCCUCCUCGAGCUGCUCUCCCGGUUGGCCACUCUCCUGGGCGAUUACUGUGGCUCCCUGAGCGAGGGGACCAUCUCCCGCAACGUGGCUCUUGUCUACGAACUCCUGGAUGAAGUGCUGGACUAUGGCUACGUACAGACCACGUCCAUGGAGAUGCUGAGGAACUUCAUCCAGACGGAGGCUGUGGUCAGCAAGCCCUUCAGCCUCUUUGACCUCAGCAGUGUUGGUUUGUUUGGGGCCGAGACGCAGCAGAGCAAAGUGGCCCCCAGCAGUGCAGCCAGCCGCCCCGUCCUGACCAGCCGCUCUGACCAGAGCCAAAAGAAUGAAGUAUUUUUGGAUGUGGUCGAGAGAUUGUCUGUGCUGAUAGCAUCUAAUGGCUCGCUGCUGAAGGUGGACGUGCAGGGAGAGAUCCGCCUCAAGAGCUUUCUUCCCAGUGGCUCUGAGAUGCGCAUCGGCUUGACAGAAGAAUUUUGUGUGGGGAAGUCAGAACUGAGAGGUUACGGACCAGGGAUCCGGGUGGAUGAGGUCUCAUUUCACAGCUCCGUGCUUCUGGAAGAGUUUGAGUCUCAUCGAAUUCUGCGCCUGCAGCCCCCUCAGGGCGAGCUGACUGUGAUGCGGUACCAACUCUCAGACGACCUCCCCUCCCCGCUCCCCUUCCGGCUCUUUCCCUCUGUGCAGUGGGACCGAGGCUCGGGCAGGCUCCAGGUUUAUCUGAAGUUACGAUGCGACCUGCCCCCGAAGAGCCAAGCUCUCAAUGUCAGGCUGCACCUUCCCCUGCCACGAGGGGUGGUCAGCCUGUCGCAGGAGCUGAGCGGCCCCGAGCAGACGGCGGAGCUGGGGGAGGGAGCCCUUCGCUGGGACCUGCCUCGGGUUCAGGGCGGCUCCCAGCUGUCAGGCCUUUUCCAGAUGGAUGUUCCGGGCCUCCCCGGGCCUCCUGGUCAAGCACCCUCCACCUCGGCCCCUCUGGGCCUGGGUCCCGCCAGCCUCUCGUUUGAACUCCCCCGGCACACGUGCUCCGGCCUCCAGGUUCGCUUCCUCAGGCUGGCAUUCAGACCCUGCGGCAAUGCCAACCCCCACAAGUGGGUGCGGCACCUGAGCCACAGUGAUGCCUAUGUCAUCCGGGUCUGAGGCUCCCCGAAACGAGCACACAGGCAGCAAAGGUGGUUGUCUGCAGAGCUGGAGAGGAGGAUACUGUCUUUUCCACCCUUCUGGCCCGAGGCUAUGGAUCAGGCUGAAGAGGCCAGGAGACAAGUCCUGGUCGACAAGCUCGACCUUCCCGUGGCACCUGACACAGAAAGGACUGAGGUGGAUCAGAAGUUACAAAUCAAACUUUUAUUCUGAGGAACUGGCUGUACAAUAUCUAAAAAAAAAAGUAACAUGGAGG